CCUCCUCUACAAUGCUUCCCACUCCUGCCAGGGCCAGGGGAGCAGCGACGGAAGGAGUUCGAACACCUGAACCCCAAGCCAUGGGCAAUAACUGUUGUGCGUGUGGUGCAGAGUAUGAAAUAGAAGUGAGAGAAGAGAGGACGAAGAGGAAGAGGAAGCGGCACAAGGAGACUGCUUCAAAUGAAGACGACCUGAAGAGGACGGAGGCUGCGAGGCAGCUCCAGGCCUGGUGGCGCGGUGUCCUGGUGCAGCGGAUGCUGCUGGUCGCCGCCCUCAGGGCCUGGAUGAUUCAGUGCUGGUGGAGGACCAUCUUGCACAGGCGGAUUCGGGCGCAGCAGCUGACCCUACUGAGAAUCUACACCGUCCAGGAGCAGGCGGCCGUCCGGCUCCAGUCCUGGGCUCGCAUGUGGCAGUGCCGCCAAUGCUUCUGUCAAAUGUGCAACGCCCUGUGUGUGUUCCAGGCCCCGCAGAACAGCCUCGCCUGCCACAACGAUGACUUUUCACAGGUGCACGGCGAGGCCGCUUCCAAGCAGCCAGAGUUCCACAUUGAGAUCUUGUGUAUCUGAAAGGCCCGCUGCCCCAGUAAAUGGCUG